CAUAUUUUGCAGGGUCGGAAUUAAGGGAAGGCUGAUACAAAAUGAGUAUCUCCAAAAUUCACAAUGUUUUUGAUUUUACCUUUCACUAUUUUCUAGGGCAUGUCCCCAAAGUUGAAAGCUGAUAUCCCGCAUAUGUAAAUGAAUCGCGGAGCAAGAAGCAAUUCCAAACACUUCACUUUUGUACCAACCCGAUUUAAACCAUUUGGAUCAGAUUCUGAAAAUUCUCAAAAUAACGACCUGUUCCUACAUUCUCAACAUGCAAUUCUGCCGUGGUUUAUAUUUAGUUGUCACUUCCCGCCACAAUUAUACCAGGUAGCUGUGUGCAGCGUCGGAAAUAUAUUCUGUGCACAUGCGGCGAUUUAGUAACCCGCAUGCAUACAUAAGGGUUUUUUUUUCUUUCGAUUACGCAGUUGAAUUUUUCUUCGUUUUUAUGAAUUAAUUUCAUAUUAACCCAAGGUGGGAGAAGAUGUCGGUGAACUCAAAUAUAUCGUAGUCAUUAUUCUGCAGGUCUCAAAAUCAUGUGUUUUUGAGAGUUUCGCCUCACAGCCUAAUUAAUGCUCAAAACUUCUUUACAAUCCCCAAAUCUUCAACCACUCAAAUCCUCAAUUAUUACAUAAUCAGGCCAAAGCGAUGAGAAGGUUUUAUGAAGGUUGUAAAUAGCUGGGCCGGUGUAGCAGGCUGUCAAAGUGUUGGGAGCGGGGCGAUGGCCAGUCAGGAGAGAGUUAGUUGUACCUUAUUAACUGGGAUCGGUGAGUUUAUUGUCGUGAUGUCAAACUUGCACAAAGCCACAGACGGGCAAUGAAAGGGACAUUCACGUGUCCUCGGCAGCCUCUCCAUUGAGGUAAACAGAAUAGGUGCACGCAUCCCACGAUGCAACAGCUAACUAUUUAACCCAUAACUGCAUCGAAGCGCCAGACAACUCAACGGGCGCAUCACCCCGUCCGAAGCCAGACAGGUGUAGCUGGAAUGGACGACUGCCUCUUCGACUUCGGUCAGGACAAUGCUGGGGAUCUAUCUUUUUGGAGUCAGGUUGACUCGAGCUAUCAGAGCCAGUGGGACGGCCUAAAUUUCGACUGUUUGGCCGCCAGCCCCCAACUUUCUCCAUGGUCUUCCUUCGCCGGCCAGCCUGCUGUUCCUGAUUCUGCCCUGACCGACCUGGAUCUGAAGACCUUGCAGCUGGAGGCUGGUGCUGGAAGGGACAGCUCCUGUCUAGAGGAGCCAGGGGAUUCCAGUCGAAGGCAAAGGAGGCUGCUCUCCACGCAGCCUUACAAGGUACAGCGCUACGCGGCCAACAUCAGGGAACGCAAGAGAAUGCUCAGCAUCAACUCAGCCUUCGACGAACUCAGAUGCUACGUUCCCACCUUUCCGUACGAGAAGCGCCUGUCCAAAAUCGACACUCUGCGGCUCGCUAUCGCCUACAUAGCUCUUCUUCGAGAGAUACUGCUCUCUGGUUGUGACCCCAAGGCCUAUGUGGAGCAGUGCGUGAGAAACGGAUACCAGAACAAAACCGAUGCUACGUGGAACACCAGUGGUGAGCCGAAUCUUUCCAUAAAGGGUUUAUUGAAGAACUAGCUUGACUAAAAUAUGCAAUCCAUACUAGCAACUUUAUUAAAAUGUCAAGAAAUGACAAAAACAGGAAAAGGGAGAUCUUACAGGUAGAGGAACAGGUGAGCUACACCUGUACCCCAUAGUUUUCCUCUGUUUAUCAUGAACAAACCAAGGAAAAUAAACUGUUUAAGUAAUUGUUAUUUUUAUUUAAUUGAAGUCGGUGGAACUGGACUUUGCCACCAACGCAAUGUGUUCUGCUGUUUCCCACUAUUAAUAUACGUUGCAUAAAAUGUGAAUAAUCAUAGGAUCGCAUAAUGAGAUAGAUUUAUAUUUCGUGCACGUGUAGUCCUUUUGUAAAAGCAAUCUAAUCAGUCACAAUUCUAUUCUUUCCACGAAGCCCUACAUGUAUAACUGUAACCGCCUUCUAAAAGUUACUGUUGAAUUCAUUUCCACCAAGGUAGGCAGUACUUUUCACUAUUACUUUCAGAGUCAUCUAGAUAUAUCUGCCUCAUUGGGAAUCCACCCCAUCUUCCUCCACCCCUCUUCCGGAGACACGAACCAGCUGUCCUAUCCUCUUGCUUGCCACGUUGCCUAAAAUAAUGUUGCCACAACUGUUUAUUUCCCACAUAAUAAGGCCAUUGUCGAGUUUUGGGUUGGAGAGGCUCGUCGCAUAAAGUUUACCGAAAUAAAAGCUGCCUGAUGUCCAUUUGGGGGGACAUCUACCAUGCCGGCAUUCAUUUUGGAGUCUGGCAUGGUAGAUGGUUUGACGAUGGUCAUACUGUGAUACAUCUUAUACUGCUUUGAAUCUGAGCAAAGUUAGCGCCCGACCUGAUCCUGCAAUAUGGGAUACGGAGCAUAACAACCAAAGACGGAGUUAACUGGCGCGGCUUUAUUCUUGUAGAACUCUGGCGUGAAUGUUCAUCCCACAGCGUGUAGACACAGUUGGAAAUCGCAGGCGCGCUGCCCUGAAUAUCCCGUCCUCGAGAUUAAUGGCUUGAAAAAUAAAGUGGAGGGCGCGGCUGCAGUAUGUACUCAUGGAGAGAGGCAAAGCAUCAUUAAAAUACAUUUUAUUGUGCCAAGGCCACGGCGCACUCCGGCCGGGCAAUGGUUAGCACUGCACAAGUAGCAAGAGUCGUCAACUCUCACAGCACAGACCAUCCAUUUUCAAUUGUUAACAAUUGUAAGACCGUAGUCAGGGUUACAGUUUUUACAGAUACGAACUU